AUGACUUCCCUCACCCAGCGCAGCUCGGGCCUGGUGCAACGCCGCACCGAGGCCUCCCGCAGCACCGACAAGGGGGCCGGCGGGGGCGGCGGGGGCGGCGGCGGCGGCCCCGAGGAGGAGAGCCGGCGCGACGAGCCCGGCGGCGACGACGACAAGGGCGACUCCAAAGAGACGCGGCUCACCCUCAUGGAGGAGGUGCUGCUGCUGGGCCUCAAGGACCGAGAGGGUUACACAUCAUUUUGGAAUGAUUGCAUUUCCUCUGGGCUGCGUGGCUGCAUGUUGAUUGAGUUGGCACUGAGAGGGCGUCUUCAGCUGGAGGCGUUUGGAAUGAGGCGCAAAAGUCUAUUAACUAGAAAGGUGAUCUGCAAAUCGGACGCUCCUACAGGGGACGUUCUACUUGACGAAGCCCUGAAGCACAUCAAAGAGACGCAGCCUCCUGAAACAGUGCAGAACUGGAUCGAGCUGCUCAGCGGCGAGACAUGGAAUCCGUUAAAAUUGCACUACCAGCUACGGAACGUACGCGAGCGAUUAGCCAAAAACCUGGUGGAAAAGGGGGUUUUGACUACAGAGAAGCAGAACUUUCUUCUCUUUGACAUGACCACGCACCCUCUCACCAACAACAACAUAAAGCAGCGCCUCAUCAAGAAAGUCCAGGAAGCUGUUCUCGACCGAUGGGUGAAUGACCCCCACCGCAUGGACAAGCGCUUGCUGGCGCUCAUUUAUUUAGCCCACGCCUCGGAUGUCCUCGAGAACGCUUUUGCCCCCUUGCUGGAUGAGCAGUAUGACCUAGCGACGAAAAGGGUGCGGCAGCUCCUGGAUUUAGAUCCCGAGGUGGAAUGUAUGAAGGCCAACACCAACGAGGUCCUGUGGGCAGUGGUGGCCGCCUUCACUAAAUAACUGCAAUCAGA